GGGAAAAACCCAACUUUAAAUGGCAGGUCUUUGUGUUGGAUUGCCCUGCAUGCAGCUUCAACAGGGUGUUCAAUGCAAUAGAGAAACGGUAGAACUGAAGUUGAUUAAACAGCAGCAACGAUUUGAGCUGUAAAAGUAAAUGGGAAACUUUCUGAGAGGCUGGCUGGAAGCAUAGAAUUAAUUGAGCAUGGCAAGGCUAGAAAGGUUUGAUGAUAUGCCGGAUCUAGAACCAGUUCAUCCACGCUUCAAAGUCGGUGAGAAAGGUGUGAAUAGCAACCCGUUUCGACCCAAAGAGAAAAACAAAGACGUUGUGGAGGAAAAAGAUUCAACCUCAGUUGGACGAAACAACUGUAUCUCUCAAAGUCCAGGCACACACAAUCAUGAAGGGGCUGGCGUCCCAGGAAGUGAUCGCAACUUCAGCGAUGAGAGUUGCCAUGGAAGCUCAUCUAUGUUUUCCCAGUCGUCUUCUCAGAAGGACAAGAUGGUGGACAGUGGUCGAAGAAACGAGAGGGAGAAAGCUGAAGUAGUAUCGCUUAAUCAACCCAGAAGAACCACAACAUCUGAGAAAAAUGAGCAGGAGUCUGGAGUUCGGACUUUAUUAGGAGCCCUAGGAAGAAAGCUAGCUGCAGAAGGAAUAGAGCUCGACAAUCUAACAUGGCUCAAAUUCUACACUGAUGCGAUUCCUCCACCAGCGUUGCAGGUUGCGGCAAACAUGUUCUUGACGGAUUGUCGGUCAUCCAAACUAAAAAGAUCUGAUGGAAUAUCUUGGGUCUUUGUUUGUGCUCCUCGUGGAGAUUUUGAGCUGUCUUCCUCGUCGUCGGAGGAGGAGGAUGACGAUGACGAUGAGGAUGAAGAUGAUGUUCAAGGGGAUAAUGAUGGGGAGGAGGAGGAGGAGGGGGAGGAAGAGGAGGAGGAAGAGGAGGAAGAGGAGGGUAGUAAGAGACGGAAGAGAACGGAUGUACUCGGCCUCAAAGAUGCAUGGGAAAAACUCAACGAAUCAGGGGAAGAGAUCAACUUCCAGAAAAUACAGCAACUUGCUCUGGCUCAUGGGACUUUAUGUGGUAAGUGGAUGAUCUUUCGGAGACGAGGCAUCCACGCCGACUUGUCCUGGGAAAGGAUAUUCCGUGCAACAAUCAUCGGUCGCCUCGGAGUGUCCGCCAAAAUCAGCACAUGGGAAGAAAAUGAAGAAACUCAAGUCAUCUGUGUGUACAACAACAACUUCACUGACAAGGGCGAGGUAAGGGAGUUAGAAAGCCGACUUCGAGCCAUCGGGAUCCGAUGCAGCAUGCAUUACAAGCCGGAUGUCUUUACGUAUCUUGGGGUGUACAGAGGAAACGAGUGGGGCUUAAAACCAGUGGUGUAUUACAGUAACUUUGAUCUGCGGAAAAACAGCUCCGUAAUUGUCGCCAAUUAUGAGUGAUUUCUCCGUUUUUAACCAGAAUUCUGUUGUAUUUUUUGCCCUCAAACAAAAGAAAUUCCGUUUUUUUUUACCCCCCAAACAAAUUCAUAAAAAAAAUGAAGUUAAAACCAUAGAAUGUGGAGUAGGGCUUUUUUAAAACCAAAGAUAAAUGUUAAUAUUGGGCUUCACGUUCGCAAGUUUUUGAGCUCGCAUGCUUCAGGGGCGGAUUGCACCAGGCUCAAUCGGUCAUCGGAGUCGGGAGAAAAUAACGGGAAAACCCACCCUUGUUUCCGCACAUUUCGCUGUGU